GGAAGAACUUGUUCUGUGGGUGUCUCAUCAGUCUCUCUUCUGAGGGAAAUAUUAGCUCAGCCUGCAGCCUGAUCAUCAUCAAAUAUGAAGAAAAAGUUUGCCUGCAUCAUCUCAAAAGCAGUGAUUUCAUGAAUGCAUCAGUUUCCAUUUAUGUCAACAUCAUCGCUUUGUCUCUUAUUUCCUGAUUUCUUGUCCUCCAGCAAGUGCAACUGUUAGAAUUCUCCAAGUCAGAAGAUCUGACUCUGAAAAGUACCCUAAGUUUGUUUUGCUAUGGGGUUGUUGAAUGUCACUCACCCUGCAUUCUUCCUCCUGACUGGUAUCCCUGGUCUGGAGAGCUCUCACUCCUGGCUGGCAGGGACCCUCUGUGUGAUGUAUGCUGUGGCCCUUGCAGGAAAUACAGUGAUCUUGCAGGCUGUGCGAGUGGAGCCCAGCCUCCAUGAGCCCAUGUACUACUUCCUGUCCAUGUUGUCCUUCAGUGAUGUGGCCAUAUCCAUGGCCACACUGCCCACUGUACUCCGAACCUUCUGCCUCAAUGCCCGCAACAUCGCUUUUGAUGCCUGUCUAAUUCAGAUGUUUCUUAUUCACUUCUUCUCCAUGAUGGAAUCAGGUAUUCUGCUGGCCAUGAGUUUUGACCGCUAUGUGGCCAUUUGUGACCCCUUGUGCUAUGCAACUGUGCUCACCACUGAAGUCAUUGCUGCAAUGGGUUUAGGUGCAGCUGCUCGAAGCUUCAUCACCCUUUUCCCUCUUCCCUUUCUUAUUAAGAGGCUACCUAUCUGCAAAUCCAAUGUUCUUUCUCACUCCUACUGCCUGCACCCAGACAUGAUGAGGCUUGCCUGCGCUGACAUCACUAUCAACAGCAUCUAUAGAUUCUUUGUUCUUGUAUCUACCUUUGGCAUGGACCUGUUUUUUAUAUUCCUCUCCUAUGUGCUCAUUCUGCAUUCUGUCAUGGCCAUUGCUUCCCAUGAGGAACGCCUCAAAGCUCUCAACACAUGUGUGUCACAUAUCCUGGCUGUACUUGCAUUUUAUGUGCCAAUGAUUGGGGUCUCCACAGUGCACCGCUUUGGGAAGCAUGUCCCAUGCUACAUACAUGUCCUCAUGUCAAAUGUGUACCUAUUUGUGCCUCCUGUGCUCAACCCUCUCAUUUAUAGCGCCAAGACAAAGGAAAUCCGCCGAGCCAUUUUCCGCAUGUUUCACCACAUCAAAAUAUGACUUUCACACUUGGCUUUAGGAUCUGUUAUUUUGGCUAUAGGCUCUCAUCAGUAGCAUGGUCAUCAUCAUCAUCAAAGUAUAAGAUAGAUUGUGUGCUGCGGGAAAAGUAGGCCAGGAAAUGGUGAUGCAAAACUUGUAACACAAAACAAGGAGUUCCAAAUGAAUAUAGUACAUUCACUAAAUACCAACAGUAUUCUUAGAAAGAUAAAUAUUGGGAGCAAUUGAGUAAUUAGACAAGUUUUACAGAGGAAGAUUAAUUUAAGCUAGGAAUUAUUUUCUAUAAUAAUGAAUAUUACUAAUAUAAUAAUAAACUUAGUCCUAAAAUGUAUCAAGUACUAUUAUAAAUUAUUUGUGUGUAUUAAUUCACUUAAUAUUCAUACAAAUCCUCUAAGACACAGAGAAUUAAUUCUUCAGCCUAACAUAGAUAAUUUGUUGUCCAGUUGACAUUCAACACUAAUGUAUCUCUAGUGGUCAGUGCAGCACCCAAUCAGUACAAAUAUGGCCUGAUGGUCAAACUGGCAUCAUUUAACAUUACCAUUGCUGCCUCUGCUUCCCCCACCACUGUCAUUCUUAAACACUCAUACAUUGCUUUAACUUCACAAAGUGAAAUCGGAUUAACUAUUAGAACUCACCAUAAAAUGUAUGAACAAAUGUGAUCUAGGUAAACUGAUAGAUAUUGACAUUUAGGAAGAUCUCCAGAUUCCUCUUUACUUCUUUUAUCUUCCCACCACUCAAUCCUCACCAACAGAAAACAAUGUUCAAUAUCUGAGAUAUCUGACUCAUAGAAUUUUGGGGGAAAGGGGGAAUUGUGCUAGGCGCACAAUUUCUAUUUCUCUUUGCUUCUUGAGAUUUUAACUGUCUUCCACAAAAUGACAUGUUAAGAGAUGUUAGAAAUUAAGACAUUCUAGGAUUUCCAGUUGCAAAAAAAAAAAAAAAGCAAGCCUAGGAUAGACAGACUAGAGCACUUAUGAUUUAGAUACCGGAAAAUAAUUCUUUCAGACCCUUUCAUAUGCUUGCCUUGAUACCAGAGGUGGGAUAUAGUAAGAAAUUCCUUGGUGCUAAUUUUGGUGCUGUCAUACUAAGUUUAGAUUUACUUGUAGAUCAAAAGAGAGAGAGGGGUGGGGGGAGAAAGAGAGAAGGGGGGGGAGAGAGGGGGAGAGAGAAAGAGAGAGGGGAGAGAGAGAGAAAGAGAAAGAGAGAAAGAGUAAGAGAAAGAGAGAAAGAGAGAAAGAGUGAGAGAGUGAGAGAGAGAGAGAGAUGCACUAUGUAGUCUAACUUAACUCACCAUGGAAACUCAUCCAGAAACCACGUAGUAGCAAAGCAUAUUGUUAUCUAGAGUUUUUUUCUCUUUGUACAAAGCUGUAUUGAGGAAAUACCAAGAAGAGAGAGAGUCAGAAAGAGGGAGCUAUUUUAAAAAGGAGAUAAUGUAAGUACUUGGGAUUCGAAUUUUUUAAAAAAUGUCUACAGGUACAAUAAGACACCAAUAAUAUAUGUGUCCUGGCCCACUAAAUAGAUUGCUUUUAGAAGAAUGUUUGGAUAGCAUAACUUAACAUGAUUUCCAAUGGAAAAUUAUUAGAAUAUUUAGUGGUUUAUAGUCUUCAGUCAAUUUAAAUAAUAACUUUUCUGAUUCAUAUAAGAAGCUCCUAUUUCAACAUGAAAUAAUAAUUUUAAUGCUUUGAUAUUUUAGUUUCAAAUAUACACAACAAAUACCUAAAUGCAAAGGCAAGGCUUGGGGAAGCUGCCAAAUGAAAGUAAACUCUGAUUCCUACCUCAGAAGCAGCAAGGGAUACAUUCUUUUGACCACAGGCCUUACUUAGAAACCCAAUGGUAUAACAUAGAAAGGGCAAGGGGCAAGGAACAAGAAAAUAUGAGACUCCCAAAAAGCCUCUGGCUCCUUUGCACCUUAUUUUCACCUUCCUUUUUUCAGCAUUAAUUAAAAGAGCUACUGAUUUUCAGGUUCUAAUGGAAAAUGCACAUUUAUAUUUUUCCCUCCCUCAUGAGGCAGGUACCAUAAGAAAAAUGUAGGGCCACUCCUGCAGCUGUAAUCCUAAAAAGGCCUAAGCUAAGCCCUGUUUUUGUUUUUUUGACCUUGGGUUAAAAACUCUUUAACUUCUUUUUAUUUAACAUGCUCUUUUUUGAACUCAACA